AACACAAAAAGGACACGGAUCGUUCAUAGAAACGAAAACUACUCGCAACUCUCUUACUUUUUCUGUGUGUGAAUCAUCUCAACUCUAAAGAGACUCGAAUGGAGUAUAAGCUUUAAACAAUAUGGCGGAGAAGGUGCUUGGAUUGUAAUUUGAACAGGAAUACUUUCGUCUCAAAAGUGAUAUGGUAAGAAUUUACUGAGAAACCAACUACCUUCUACAACACAAAAGUCAGUACAGAUCUUAGUCAUGGUGCUACACCACAACAUCAACGUCGGUCAACGAGUCGAGGUCAAGAUAGGCUAUUCCGUGUUUAGGGGAAUGGUCAAGUACAAAGGGACAGUGGUCAGCAGGAAAGGGGAGUGGGUUGGAGUCAGUCUGGAUGUUCCAGCUGGAGACAAUGAUGGUAUGGUGUUGGGACGAAGGUAUUUUACCUGCAAUAAGAAUCAAGGUGUGUUCGUCCGGGCCAACAGUGUUCGUUUUAUUCCUGUAGUACGGAGAUUGUUUAACAAAUACCACCGUGUGCGUGAUAAUUCAUAUGUUGAAGAGCCUCUCUUUGGUUCAGCUCCAGUUGCCUGCCAAGAACCCCCAAGAAUUUCUAACCGAUAUCAGGACCACUUGCAAGAUCGCCAAUCCUUUGAUGACCUGAUGACGGGUCCAAAGAGCUACUCACUGCGUCACUCAGUCAGUAAUAAUAUCCCAGCCGCCACCAUGCGACGCCCCAAAACUGCCAUGUCUCAAUUCUCUUACCUGUCUUCGCCAAUCCAUCGGGAGUACAUGCCAGAGGGGGAGUUUGUCUCCACUCCGACCAUCCCAAAGACACAUAUGCCCCACUCUGCCCUCCGGAACCAGGUCAGUCGCGGCUGGGAUGGAACACACUAUGUGCGUGAGAUGUCCGUCGGGACUGGAAGAGAUUCCAUGAAAUAUUCCCAAUGGAACGACAUAUCAUAUUGAAGAUACUGAUUGCUAUACGGUUGUGAAAGGUGAUUCGAAGUGGAAGAAUGAUCAUACAAAUUUAAUAUUUAUAAGUAACAUACCGCUAAAAUUCUGAUUUAUUUUUCAAAUCUUUUAUAUUUUUUUACUAUCACAUUGUUCAAAGUCUUAAGGUCAAAUUUAAUUUGCAAGGAGGCCUGGCAGAAUAUAACCACUGUGAAGCUAAGGCAUGCUGUGUGCCAUAGAAAGCAAACCCGUAAACUUAUCUAAUUCACGAUUGUAAUGAUAAUAAAUCUGUGUCAAAAUAGUUGUCACUGUUAAACUAUCAUUUGAACAAUAUUAAUUUGCUGGCAGUAUUUGAUAUAUCAAUUUUAAAGUAUUAAACAUGAUUUUAGAACAACAUUAAUUAAUAAUUCAUGUGAUUUUUACUAUUUAAAGUUGAAUCUCGAAAGGUUUCAGGUAAAUGAUACCAUAGCAAUAGUUCAAAAAAAAACCAAAGAAGUAUUUUUCUUCAGUUUUUUUUCCCCAGGUCCGAGUUAUCCACCUUAUAAGUAGGGCAUAAAGCAACAGAAAAUAUUUUUUUACGGCUUAGAGUUACUUCCCUUCAUAAGGUGUUCUUAUUUUAUUUUGAUAACGCACAUUUAUCUUCGAUAUCAAUAUUGGUUAAGUGUAGGAAUGGGGGUGGAUAAGACUUUGUUCGACCCCUGGCAUUUCAGGAGUGUUUUUGUCUAUAUCAAUAUGUUUCUGAAGGCUUGGCAGUCAUCUGUUCUAAUUACUCAAUCAGUAACAGAUAAGGUUUCUGAAUAUUUCAAACAACUGUAAGUUCUUGAAAAUGCAGUGCAAGAACAUGUUUUAUAUGGAUUGGAAACAAAUUUACUUAAAGCAUACCCUGCACUGCUGUUUUUCCUAUAUACAGUCACCUCCCCUUAACUUUUGCUUAGAAAUAACUGUAGCACAUUUGGGCUAGUAUACCUCUAUGACCAUCGGGUAGCUCAAUCGGUUACAGCUCAGUUGGUUACAGCUCAAUAGGUUACAGCUCAAUUGGUUACAGCGAUGCUAUAACAAUAUGAAAUCCAGGGUUCGAAUCCCGGUCUAGCCCCACCAAAAUUUUUUUCACUCCAAUUUUAUUUAUUUCAUCUUAAUUACUUUUACUUAAAAGCCUGCAAGGUAUAUUUUCAGAAAAGCUAAAAUCAUGCCAGAAUUAUUUUUUUACAAUACGUAACUUAGUUACAGUGUUUUCGCAGUGGUAUUGGGAUACUCUAACAAAACAGUGCCAUCAGUAAUUAUAUAAUGUGAUGGUACUUUUACCUUAUAACAUACAUUUUUUUAAUGUAUAUGCAGGAAAUUUCAUUUAUAGAUCUAGUAUAAAUUCACAUAUAGAUGUGGGAUAUUUAUCAUAUUGUUUAACUGGCUGAAUAUAAUUACCUUCAUUUCACACAUAGGGAAUGUAUGAUAAUGUAAGUAGAGUUAUGGCCUGUUUUAGAAUAAGGUUCUUUUUGAGAAACACAUAAUGGUCAGAUCGGUCAGGGUGAUCGAUAUCAAGUAGAAUUAAUCUUAAAACAUCUCUGCAUGUGAAAUUUUAUGGAUAUAUAUAUUAAAAUUAAUUUCUGUUGAAAAUCAGAUGUUCAUCAAAACAAUGUUAAUUAAUCUGCAGACAGAUUUAUAUAAUUAUAUAAGUUGCAUUUUUUUUUUCUCCAAAUUCCGUUAAAACAUGUAUCACCUUUUAUAUCACACUUUGUUUAUAAAAAGAAUGAAAUGAUUUUGUAAUAUUCGUUAUUGAAGCUCUGACCAUAAAUUUGUGGUUAAAAUAAUUUCCUGACAUCACUGUCAAAUAAAACACUAGGACAGGUUUGUCUUUUCCCUAGUAAAAAUUGGAAUGCUCUUGAGAAAUAUGGGAGAAAUUCAAUUUUACAGGAAGUGAUAGUUAAAAUUCCUUACGACAAAUCGUACAGUAUGCAUGUAUAGAGAAUUAUAUAUUUUUUAAUGAGCCAUUUAGCUGAAAGAGUCAUAGUUAUGCAAAGAGUAUACAGAAAAAUAUUGUCUGUGAUAAAUUUGUGCAUGUUGCAUUAUAUAUACAUUGUAAAUAUCAAAAUCCAUUUGAUUAGACAAGAGGAAAUUAAGACAUCACACAUUUGAGUGUUUAAAUAUUUAUAGGUCAAAUGUGCAGCAUUGUAUUUUACAUAUACCAUAAGUUUUUUGUUGAGAUUUAUUACGAAACAACAUAGUUUUUCCAGGAUUUUUUGGGCAAAAUGUCUUGAAAUAGAAUGAAGAUAAAACAUUCUUUACAUUUGUCAGGAGGGUUUUUGACCUUGUAGUUAUUGUGAAAAUGAACUUCACUUGAAUAAAUAUUUCAGUUUAAACCUUAACUUGGGACCCUUAAAUUUUGUGUUUUCAAAGAGUGAAUUUGUUUAUCUGUUCCUAUAUUCUAAGAUCUAAUGAUUUCAUCUGAAAAAAGAACUUAAAAUAUGUCAUAAUAAAGGGUUAUUUUGUCUCCAGGGGUUGUAUACGUAUACACACAUUUUAUUUGUGUUUCAAUUUUCAGCAUGCAGAAUCGCCCCCAUGUAAAUUUAAAAAAAUUGGCAAGUAUACUUACAUCUUGUGGUAAGAAACUGCUAGGUUAUUUGUGAUUUUUAACAUUAGUCUUAACCAUAUAAUGAUGUUGUGAUGUAUAAAAGUUUAGUAUCAAAUGAUUUAUACAAUAAAACCUUGUUAUACUGCCACCAUUUGUACAGAGAAAUUUUGCCAUUAUAAAGGGGUUUGGCAAUGAAUUGAGAGAGACAUAUAAAGGAUGUUAAAGAAAAAGAGAAAGAGGGGCCCCGAGAUAUAUUUGCUGUAUACAAGCUAAGGUGGCAAACAAAACGAGGGGCAUUAUAUCGUGGUUCAAUUCAUUCACCUCUGAAAACACAUUUGAACUCUUCAAAAUCAAAGGUAUAUACUUUAGUUCAUUAAGAAAUUUCAGGGGUGAAUGAGUUAACUGUAUCAAAAGUUCAGGUACCCAAUAAACAAGAAAUAAGCGACCUGUACAGAUAUAUAUACAUAUAUGCACCAGGUUCAGUUGUGUAUUGUAUAAGCCAUGUGUUCGGGUGAUAGGAGAAAACUGUGAUAAUUUUCUUUUAAAUGUAAUUGUCUGUUCAGGUAUUCUUGUAUAUCUUUUUUUUUAUCUACAAUUAACUUUUUACUAUGCAAACUGUAUAUUUUGGAAAAUCUUGCUCACAUUUUUCAGAUUGAGUAAAUUAGCGCAAAAAUAUAUACAAGUGAUUUGGUUUUACAAUGUAUUUUGUUUAAGGUCCUAUGAAAAGCUUAAUUUAUUUACGGACAUAUUCACAUAUGAGUAUGUGUAUUUAUUUAUACAGAAUAUAUAGAUUAUUUUGCUGUAUAGAAAAUAUUGAUUUCAGUAACAUCACCGACACGAAAAUUUCUACACUGCAGUGUCAAAAUACGAACAUAUCCACACGCAAAAAAAAAAUACAAUUUUACAGUAAGCUACUUAAUUACAUUUGUAGUACUUGAUUAGUCUCAGAUAGCUUAGAAUAAUGACCAAAAAAAGAUGUUAUUUUGAAAUUUUCUUAAUUUUUUGUAUUUUUCAUUUUAGUCAAGUCUGAAAUAAAGGUUAAAAAUAGAAGGCAUUAGUUGGAUCAAAAAUUUAAAAACACUUUUAGACAAGUUCUAUAAAGCUUAAUCAUAACUAUCAAGUAAUGUUUACCAUUUUUGUCCUUACUUUGAAGAAUCUAUGUCCUAAUUUACAUAUUGUCUUAGACCUUUAUAUGGAAUUAUAUAUUUUUUGAAAAUUGAAAAAUAUCUAUUUUUUUCGUAUUUAAGAUGUCAGGGGGACUUACAAGCUAUGCAUCGGAUACAUUGAUUCAAAUAUAAAAGAUGGUGUAUGCACGGUAUAUCUUCUUUUGACCAUACAGUUGGGGUAUACAAGAAUACAAGAUAUAUAUAUUGUUUUCUCUUACCCUGGACAGGUGUAUCCACAUUUUUACCGGUGUGAGAUUUCCU